ACAUUGUUGUGCUUUUUCCCUUACAAUACAAAACUCCAUAUCAUUUUUUGUUCUGUUUUUCUUGCAUCAUUUAAUAGAGUGUAAGAAGCCAUGGAAACUGCUCAACCCAUCAUCUCCAUCGAAAGCUUUUCAUAUAGUUGGUUAGUUAACCUAAGACCUUCAUUAGAUAGUUUAGAUAGAGCUUCAUUUGAUAUUGCAUCAUGUGAUGAAACAGCUUCUUUCAUUGAAAUGGACCCAACAAUGCCACCUUCUAAGAGAUUCUUUUCAAAUCCUCAAGAUUUUAUGUUUGAUUUUCCGAUCCCACAACCUCCUCCUUCAGCUCUCGCCCUUGUUCAUGCCGAUGAGCUCUUUUCGAAUGGCUAUAUCGCGCCGUUCUUUGUUAACCCUUUGAAAAUGGAAGCAUACAAAGAGGUUUCCAGGUCAUCUCCGACGGGGGAAAGAUCAGUUCAACAUGAACUGAUUCCAGAUAGUAAACCGAAUCGCCUUGUUUGUUUGAGGAAGUGUCGAAUAAGAUUGUCCAAGAGAAUGUUUUUGAAAUACUUGGGUUUUCUUAUAACGUUAUGUAGAAGAAUUAGAAGGUUCAACACAAGUAAAAAAGUCGAAACCGUUGUUGGAGUGAGUGUUGUAUAUAAUGAGUGGCGAAAGCCAUUUGAUUUCGAAAACUCGAUUUACGAAGCGGUUCUUCAUUGCAAACAAUCAAACGGAAAAUGAGUGCGGGAUGCAAUUAUCUAUUUCAAUCCCACAUCGGAAGAGUGGAAAAUAGGUGGUGUCAUGAAGGGUAUCUGCCUACUUGUUGUUUGUCCUUUUCCAUCUUUUCUUUUCUGGGAAAUUAUAAAGCUUUGUAAAUGGUUGGCCAUGGAAUCCAACUCCAAGCAUACAAGUAUAUACUUGAAUUAUCAUUUAUAUAUUUAUCGAUAUGCUUAAAUGAGGAAAAUUGAAAAAAUUAAAAAUCAAUCUGAACUAAAUGUUUUGAUA